AUGCCUCCUCUAUUUGAUAUGAUUUCCAAGAUGCAUCCUUUUAGAAAGGCUUGGAGGCUGAAAGUUAGGGUUCUAAGGCUUUGGGUUGUACCCUCUUUUGGUAACCAUGAGGUUCCUAACUCAAUGGAGAUGAUUCUCCUUGAUGAUCAUUGUGAAAAAAUUCAAGCUACAAUUAAGAAACCACUCCUUAAUAGGUUUAGGGAUCAUAUAGUUGAAGGUCAAGUUUAUAGAAUGACAUACUUUACUGUUGUGUCAAAUCAUGGUAGUUAUAGAGCAACUUCUCAUGAAUUCAAAUUGGUUUUCCUUCACCGAACCACUGUUGUAGCUGUUGAUGAAGAUGUUAUCCCUAAGACUUGUUUUAACAUAUUUUCUUUUUCUGAGCUGCUGAACAUGACCCAAGAUUAUGAUUUUUUAGUUGUGGGAGAAGAGAAAGAAUAUGCAAAAGAGGGGAAAAUUGUGAAAAUAAUUGUGCUGGAAUUAACUUCAAAAGAUGCGAUGUGCAUUAUUUGGGGACUAGUUAAUCAAGUAAAUCAUUUCCUUACCUCUGGGUAUGUGAAGCAGCCUGUUGUUGUCAUUCAACUUGCAAAAGUCAAGUUCUUUAGGGGUCAAGUAGGUCUUCAAAAUGUGAUGUAUGCGACUCAAAUGUUAUUUAAUCCUGAUCUUCCUGAAAUUGUUGAAUUCAGGCAGAGUAUGAUUGAGCAAGGUGUCAAUGGUACCCAGCCACUGUUUAUUACAAAUGAGGGUAAAGUUGUCUCCUUGAAAGAUGAUUUCAUGCGUUUAACUAGAAAAUGCACUAUUGAAGAGCUUCAAGAUAACAAUGAGGUUGUCUUUUUUUGA